CUGCCUAGUGGACCGAGUCGCUGAGCGCCGUUGAGCAAACAGCCCAAGCUAGCAGUAGAAAAGAUCUGCUGAAACACGUCAUGGUUAUGGAGGACGGCGAGAUGAGCCUGUCGAACCUGGUGCUCGGCUUCUUCGAGGAGGCUGAGAGGGAGCAGAGAUGGCCGGAGAACGGCGACGACGACGACGAGGGCUCCAGCGGCAGCGGCGCCGCCGAGAGCAAGGCCUUCUGGCAGAACCAGCACUCCCAGCUGCAUGAGGCUUUGGCCAAGACCAGCCAGGUAGAGAGCAGGAUACGGGAGGACACGGAGGAGGCAAUCAGGAAGAUGCGCGCCGCGGGCGCCGUCUGCUCCUGCGCGAGGCGGGCGGCGGCCGGGGACUGCCGGAGCUGCACGCUCCGGCAUGUCGACGAGCGGCUGCGCGACGCCGGGUACAACAGCGCCAUCUGCAAGUCCAAGUGGACGCGCUCGCCGGACAUCCCUUCAGGCGAGCACAGCUACGUGGACGUGGUGGUGCAGACGAGGAGCGGCAAGGCGGUGCGGGUGGUGGUGGAGCUGAACUUCCGCGCCGAGUUCGAGGUGGCCCGCGCCAGCGCGGAGUACCGCGCGCUGGUGACCGCGCUGCCGGAGGUGUUCGUCGGACGCGCCGACCGGCUGCGCGCCGUCGUCAAGGCCAUGUGCGCCGCGGCCAAGCAGUGCAUGAAGGAGAACAACAUGCACAUGGGCCCCUGGAGGAAGCACAAGUACAUGCAGUCCAAGUGGCUCGGCACGCCAGAGCGUGUCGCGGCCGCGGCGGCGGCGCCGGUGGCGGUCUGGUCGCCGGAGAAGCAGACCAAGUUCAGGGCGUCCAUGCUCAGCUUUGACUUCGCCCGGGCCGCCGUGGAGGUUGCGUGACGGCGCAUGUCGAUUAUGGCACGCAACAAGAGUAAGAUCGCCAUGUCGGUCGCGUCUACGUAUGCAUAUGUAUGUAUUGUGUUCUGCGGGAGCUAUAUGAGCUAGAAGAGUGUACCGGCGAUUUUAGGUUUUAGAAUUGAAGGUCAAUGUUCAAAUUUCAGAGACCGAUGCUCAAAAUUGGGAUGUACUACUACUAUGGCAAAUGGAAAUCGAAUUUCAUGAGCCUGUUUUUUUGCUGAA